UGGCUACUGGAACUAACAAAAUAAUCAGUAUAAUGAUAUACAUGUAGAACAUGUUAAGAACACCGUCCUUACCUCUUUGGGCGAAACACAACCCCACCACCAAAACAAUGACGAAAAUUUGUAGAUACUUCAUGAUAAGAUCUCUUCUUAUCUCUGGUUUAGAUGUUUGAAUUUCUUUGAUUUAUAUAUGCUACUGAGGGGAAUAUCAAGGACGUAUGAGAAACAAAUAGACCGGGAUGUUGUAUUAUUAGCGUAUAUGUACAACAACAACAUCCGCUCAUUGCAUCCCACCAAGUUUUGUGCAUGGAUGAACAUCCUAUUUGGACUGCUGUGUUAUACAAUGUUCAUCACAUUGGUUCUAAUGAGGAAAAUCAAAGUUUAUUAGUACUUGAUGAACUACCCACAUAGUGCUCCAGGGGGGAGUGCGUGUGUGGCAGCUGAGGCCUAGAUAUAAACAAAAUGGACGAAACGGAGGGAAAUCGUUUUACUGAUGUAGUUACAUCAAAGUUGCAUGCAUUCCGUCGCGCAGUGAGAAGGGUCCAGAUUCUUCUUUUGAUGAAGCUAGGUCGUCCGGUGUCGGAUAUCGAUGUCCGACCCCGAUACCCCACACCCACCGGAAGUCCCAAACACUCCGGUAGGCAACUUCCAUCAGAAAAGGACAUACGAGAAGCGGAGCUCUCUGCACAUGAAUAUAGCUACCCAGACCUCCCAAUCUUGAGAAAGGAAGCCGAUCAGCCCGCUCCACCCGAUAUCACCACCCUCCCAAGAAGACACGCCGGAAGAAAACAGAGGUGGAAUAGGGAGAGAUCUGAUAGUCCUCUAGGAAAGAGGUCGUUAAGUGUUCAAUACUGGAACGGUAGGAAGCAAGAAAACCCCAUUCAACGGAAAAAUGUGUCAAUGAAGGUCAGAUUGUAUGAAAGCCAAGGUCAGGAGAGCGAAAGUGAGUAUGAAGAGUAUCUAUACCCCGAACCCUCACCAAAGCAAUCGACACAAAAAUAUUUCUUCCAGCCAAAACCGUCAUUAACACAUAAGCCAGACAUUCUUAAGAAAGCACCAGUUCAAAGUAAUUCCAAGAACAUCAGUCAUGUAGAUAAUGCUCGCAAUUUUCUUUCUGUGAAUUUGCAACGAAAAAUUGAGAUUGCUGGCAAACCAUCUCCGCGCCCCUGGAAACCCCAAACGCAACAACCAUCCAGUAUCAACAGUCCGUCAGAAUAUGUCGAUAUGGGCAACUUUAAAGGCAUUUCUCUAAGUUCAGAAAAUGGACGACCUGUAGGAACUGUGAAGUUAAGACCAGUAGGAAAAGUGGUGGGAAAAGUGGCGCCAAGUUUCGAGAAAAUCAAAGAAGUCCAGCAAAUAUCAUUUAAAACGGCAUUCAAUGACUUUAGUGUGACUGAAUUAGUGGUUUGUCUACGGAAAUGUGGACUGUGGGAAAUGGCGGAGAUAUGUCAAGCGGAAAAACUGGAUGGGGCCUUCGUCAGUGAAAUGUCUUCAAAGGAAUUAAAGGAAUUUAAUCUGACGCCAUUACAGGCAAUGAAACUGAACAAGGUGAAGUCUGGUUGGAGACCAGUCACGACACAACUUUUGUAGUUCUGUUUUGUUUUAUGUGAAGAAUACAUAUGUAGUUUUUAGCUCAAAUGAGCUGAAAGCUCAAGUGAGCUUUGCUGAUCACCUGUUGUCCGUGGUCUGUCUGUCCGUCUGUCUGUAAACUUUUCACAUUUUCGACUUCUUCUCCAGAACCAUUGAACCAAUUUCAACCAAACUUUUCAAACAAACAAAAAAUCCUUGGAUAAAGGGCUAUCAAGUUUGUUUAAAUGAAGGGUUAUGUCCCCUUCAAAGGGGAGCUAAUCACAAAAAUGCAAAAAUAGGGUGGGGUCAUUUAAAAAUCUUCUCAAGAACCACUGAACCAGAAGAGCUUAAAUUUACAAGCUUCCUGACAUUAUGCAGAUUGAAAUUUAUUAAAAUCAUGACCUAAGGGGUAGGUUGGGCCGUGAUAGGGGAUCAAAGUUUUACAUGCAAAUAUAUAGGGAAAAUCUUUGAAAAUCCUCUCAAGAACCACUAGGUUAGGAAAGUACAAAUUUGCAUGAAAGCUUACAGUGCAGAUUCACUGAUUCAGGUUUGUUAAAAUCAUGGCCCACGGGGGUAGGAUAGGACCAUAAUAGGGGAUUUAAAAUUUUACAUAUACAUGUAAAUGCAUAGGAAAAAUCUUCUCAAGAACCACUGGGCCAGAGAAGUUGACAUUUACAUGAAAGCUUCCUGACAUAGUGUAGUUUCAAGUUUGUAAAACUCAUGGGGUAGAGUGGGGCUACAAUAGGGAAUCAGAGUUUUACAUGCAAAUAUAUAAGGAAAUUUUUUUCUCAAGAACCACUGGACGAGAAACGUUUACAUUUACUUAAAAGCUUUCUGACAUAGUGCAGAUUCACGUUUGUUAAAAUCAUGCCCCUCGGGGGAAGGGUGGGGCUACAAUAGGGGAUCAAAGUUUUACAUACAGAUAUAUAGGGAAAAUCUUUUCAAGAACCACUGGGCCAGAUAUUGGUAUGAAAGCUUCAUGGCCCCCGGGGGUAGGUUAGGGCCACAAUAGGGAUCAAAGUUUUACAUACGAAUAUAUUUGGAAAAUGGCUAAAUAUGGGCCAAGGUGACUCAGGUGAGCGAUGUGGCCCAUGGGCCUCUUGGUUUGGUUUUUUAAAAAAUUAAAUGUUAUUAUUAUUUUUUUAUCUAUUUCCCCCCAGAAGUGAUAUCGUGACUGUAUGAAUUCCCGGUGAAUUUUCACAUUUUGAUGCAUGCAUUUUGUUCAUACAUUUAUAUUUUCAUGCUUCAUGAGUUAGUAUAGACAGCAGACAAUAUGAAAUGGAUAAGUUUAGAUGAACAAAUAUUGCCAACUUUGAUUUUUCCAAACUUGACGUACUUUCUGCUUUGCGAACCCAUGACAGUUCCGACACAAUACUGUUAACUGUCAUUGUUAUAAUCCAUGACCGAUCUA